GCAAAAGUGAACUCGCUACAGUAUGGUUUCACAACUGAAACUAUGAUACUGAUAUUGCUAAAAGUAUGAAAAAUAACAUGAAUUAUUAACAUUGCUACUAAUAAUGAUAUUAGAGGUGAUAUGUUUCCGAUAUUCCAUUGCCAGUUCAGCUCCAAGUAGACCCUUCUUACACAGACACCGGGCCUCUUAACUGAGAGUUUUACACAUGUUUACUAAGAGGCUCGGGAACGUCUGGAAUGGUGUGGCGGUUCGGAGUGAGGGUGUGGUGGGGGUGUGUGAUGGUUAUGAUAAGGAGUCUGUGACAAACACAGCUCUGUACUGUGAUGUGCAGGAGGGAAAGUGCAGGUUCAAAAAGGCGAUUAUUGGGCCGAAUGGGCUUCUUUAAUCAAACCAAUCAGAUGUUUGCAACACAUUAUGAGGAACUGGGGCCAACCAGGUUUCUGAGAGAAGAUAGUGUCACCAUAAACAGGACAGACAUUCAGCAGCAGCAGCUUUGUACGUGACUGUGUCUGAGGUAGAAUCAGCAAGUGAACAUUUCAUUUGUUCUGAACAGGAGAUCGGCAGCUCAGAGAGUGAGAGACCAGGAGCAAACAAUUUACCCGCGUCAACAACUGGACCACAUAUAGCAGCACCAAGGAUAUCAUCAGCUUUUAGAGAGAUAGAGGCCAGAAGGCGGCAAUUCACCCCCGUCAGCAACUGGACACAGAGAGCAGCACCCGAUCACGUCUUGUUCUACGUGUUCUACUGUAAACAUAAAUAAGGCUCAACACCUGUCGCAAAACUCAACAACAGCUUGGCUGCACUUUGCAGCAAUGAAACGCCUUGUUGGAACAUUGAUGGGAAAGAGGAAACAAAUCUCUGAGACAUCGAGACACGACAAACCUGAUGAAUCAAUGAAAUGGUCACCAUCACCACAACCAAACACAUCCACAUCUGGCGGGAAUGAAACAGCGAGUACAUCUGCAGUUACCCAAACUCAUUGUGAUACGGUUGCAAAUCCCAACCAGUGUUCCACCACUUUGGGUGGGUCGAGUGAGACAGCAUCCGUGGAAAUUGAACCGAUUGCCAAUGCAGAGGGCGGUGAGAUGACCUGCGGUGUGGAUCAGACACCCGGCAACACACCCAAUGUGUUCUCUUUACCCGACUUUGAGGAAAGUCUUAAAGAGAUGAUAACCAACAAAGGUACAAACACCUUAUUCCCUGAAACCCUUUCCCUGUACGAUGAUCACCAGCUGCACAAACUGACAGAGUUCUGCCGAGACAGAUUGGAACAGGCCAUUGAGGAAGGCGUGGAGGACAUCAGCUCAAGGCUGACUGAGAAGGAAUGUUUCAGUCCGCAGGAACACAAAAAGCUCACUGAGCUCACACACAGUGGGCAGAAGACACAAAGCUCGAAAUUUCUUCUGAACCUGGUGAUGGGAAAAGGUUCCCAUGCCCUGAGAGUGACGUGGGAAUCCUUUGUGGAAAUGAGGUCCACUUUGCCCAAACUGAACAAAAUUAUGACUGAAAUACAGGAACAAGGUGCCAGUCUGGUGGAUGAGGUGACCAUUGACCGAAGUAUUCCAGACGUCCCCAUUAAUAUGAUAGCUAUUCAGCGACUGCACAAGGAGACGUUACAGAAACAAUGUGAGAAACUGGAAGUGAAGACCAUCCUGAUAAAGGAGAAGGUGAGGACGUUUCAGUUGGUUGAUCACUACACGGAGUUAACAAUUAUUUCUGAUGUACGUGAACGGGAACUGGUAGAACAUGAGCUGCUGGCGAGAGGCAGAGACCACGAGGAGUGGAGACAGAAGCAACUCCAGAGAGAGCUGGAAAAAGUCCGAACUGAUAAACUGUUCCACAGCAGCUUCUCAAAAGGAAGUCAUUUACAUUCCUCUCAGGGAAGCGCUUCUGACUCUCCCACUGGGAUUUCCGCAGUAGUCAGUGGAGUGGCUGGGAUUGGCAAAACAACCAUGGUGCAAAAGAUUGUCCAUGACUGGGCCACAGGCAAAAUUUAUCCUCACUUCCACUAUGUAUUUGUUUUUAAAUUCCGAGACCUAAACAAACUUUACGACAGAACAACAUUGGGCGUUCUAAUGGUGGAGCAGUAUCCUUACCUCAGGGAUUUUCUGGAUGAGCUGUGGAAACAUCCAGAGAGAUUGCUCUUUAUAUUUGAUGGUUUGGAUGAAUUCAGGACAAGGAUUGAUUUCGCUGACAGUCGGAGAGACACAGAGCCUCAGCGCAAGUGCACAGACCCUGAAUGUCUCUGUGAUGUGUCUGACAUUGUGUACAGUUUAAUACAAAAACUGCUGCCAGGCUGCUCAGUGCUUGUGACCAGCCGCCCCACUGCAUUACAUUUACUGGCAAAGGCUCAGAUCAGUGUCUGGGCUGAAAUCUUGGGGUUUGUGGGUGACGAGAGAAGGGAAUAUUUUCACAAGUUCUUUGAAGAUCAGGAGGUGGCGGCAGCUGUUUACAGCCACGUGGAGGAGAACGAGCUCCUGCACACCAUGUGCUGCAACCCGUCCUACUGCUGGAUUCUCGCUCUGUCUCUGGGUCCCUUCUUUACACGGACACACAGAAACAAACAGCAAGUUCCCAAGACAGUCACACAACUCUUCUCCUAUUAUAUUUACCACAUCCUAACACAUCAUAGUGUCAAGAUAGAAAGCCCCCGUGAUGUGAUGCUGAAGAUUGGUGAGAUGGCCUUCACUGGAGUCUCCCAGUGCAACAUUGUCUUUACUGAUGAGGAUCUCAGCAAAACUAAGCUCCAACCUUUCCAGUUCCUCUCUGGCUUUCUCAUGGAGCUUGUGGAGAGAGAGUCUUCAGAGCACAGCGUGGUGUACACCUUCCCGCACCUCACCAUCCAGGAGUUCUUAGCUGCACUCGCUCAAUUCCUGUCUCCAAAUACAGAAAGUAUUCAGGAAAGACUUUAUCAAACUUGCAGUGAAGAUGACGGCCGGUUUGAGAUAUUCCUGCGCUUUGUUGCGGGUCUCUCCUCCCCACGGGCAGCUCAGCCACUGGGGGAGAUUCUGGGUCCAUUUGAAGAACAGACAACCUUCGCAGUGAUCAAUUGGCUGAAGGUGAAAUUUGGAGCUGACACGAAAUUCAGCAAGAGCACCAGGGGGAAAAGAAAGCUGCUGAACAAACUCCACUAUCUAUUUGAAUCUCAGAAUCAAACCCUGGCACAGCAAACACUGAGCUCUGUACAAACACUGGCAUUUGGUGAUGACUCUUCCAGCAAAGCAUUGAGACUAACACCGAUAGAUUGUGUUGUGUUGUCUCAGGCCAUUGGACUGUGUGACACAAUAAAACUUCUGGAUCUGAAGAGCUGCUACAUUCAGGAUGAGGGUCUCCAGCGUCUGGUUCCUGUUCUGCAUAAGUGUCAGGAGUUGCAGCUGGGGGUCAAUAGCAUUGGAGAUUCUGGAGUGAAGCGAAUGUGUGAGGCUCUGAGGAACACACAUUGUAAAAUAGAGAAACUGGAGCUGGGGGAUAACAACCUGACAGCUGAUUGUACCGAGGAUCUGGCCGCCGCUCUCACGACAAACCACUCACUGACCGAGCUGGACCUGAAUAAGAAUGAACUGGGAGAUUCCGGUGUGACGCGAUUGUGUGAGGCCCUGAGGAAUCCGGAGUGUAAAAUAAAGAGUCUGUGGCUGUGGGGUAACAGUCUGACCGAUGGCUGCACUGAUGAUCUCGUCUCCCCUCUCAGUACAAGCCGCUCACUGAGGAUCCUGGACCUGGGGUUUAACUCCUUCACAGACGGCUCUGUCCCGCUCUCCGCCGCCUCAUACAGACCUGCACCAGUCUGGAGGAGAUCAGGCUGUGGGAGAAUAGGUUCAGUUCAGACGGACUGAAUCAGCUGAAGUCACGGCGGGGAAUCAGAGCUGAGCUGUCAGUGACAGUGUAACACUGACUUAUGCAGUGACUGUCCACACAGUCUGUGUAAUAUGGAAUAUAUUCUGGACACUUUAGUGACUGAUUAUUAAAGAUGUUAAUCCU